CUCUCCAGCAGGAGGGCGUUCCGCUGAACAACACACAAAUACAGUGUGCUGAAUUAUGCCGGCGUUCGUGCUUCAUAUUUAGAUGCUGUCAAAGCCUCGGUGUUUAUCUCAAGAGUUAGUUCAAGUCCCGGAUCCGGCCUUCCUUCAUGUUAGCCCUCCUGGUGCUAUCACUGCCGGGGGAAAGGCGACGGAGGAGGCCAGGCUCGAAGACAUGGAGGCGAAGCGUCUUUGCAGAGGGAGUGAGCUGUAGGACGUGGUGAUUUCUCCGGGGGUGUUGGCACUCCUAGAAUGGACCCUGCUCACAUCGGAGGGGAUAUGUCACCUUUGUAUGUGCCAAGAAAGAGGAAAUCUAUCCAGUCACAACCUAAAAGUGGAGUGCCAUGUCCAGUUGUUCAGCGAAUACCAGAGAGAACCUGUGAAUUAAACUCCGUUGGAUAUCCCAAGAAUGACGAGUCUGAAGCCCAGGAUGCUCUAAAGAUGAAGAGAACGUACGGCAGAAAAAGGUACGAGGACCUCCAGAGUGUUCCCAUAGGAACUGUAGAUUACCCAACCACCAGCUGCUCAGUGAUGUCAUCAGGUGGCCUGGCCAAUGGGGCGGACCCAGGGUCCAUGGCUCCGCCCUCUGCCAGGCUGCCUCCAAGACUGGUGGCGAAGGACGUGUGGCCCCAAGGCCCCGACACCAGCAGGGAGCCUCAGGACCACAGCUGGAACUCCAGCAGGGACAGAGGCCCCGACGCCUGGGCCCCGGGUAGAGACAGACCGCAAGAGCAGGUCUGGAACUCCGGCAGGGACCGAGCGGGACACUCCAGUCAAGACCAGACGUGGAUUCCAGGCAGGGACAGGGCUCAUACCGGACCGGACCAGGCGUGGAUGACGGGUCGGGACCGAGGUCCGGAGCAGGGCUGGGCAGCAGGCAGAGAUAGAGGCCAGGAUCAGGCCUGGAAUGCAGGCAGGGAUCCGGGAAGAGACAGGGCCUCCUCUGGGCCGGAGCAGACGUGGGGGACUGGCAGAAGCCAAGACCAAGGUUGGAGCAACACGAACAGAGACAGAGAGCAUGUCUGGAGACCUGACUUGAACAUGAAGAAAGUCCAGAGAGUGGAAAUGGAGCGGAGCCCACCUGUUAAUAACUUCCCACAGCCACCAGAGGGCAGAGACUCUUGUUCAGAUGCAGCCAGUGUUGGAGAGGCGUCGACAGCCCAACCCAGCGAGGACCAGAAACCCCCCAUCCUCUCCACCAAGAAGGAGCCUCCUACCUACCCUCCAGGAAGUCAAGAGGAGCGUUGGCAGCUCCAGAUUGUGGCCAAAGGCAGAGUCACCUGUCCCAAGUGUAAAAGUGUGAGCAGGAAGACUGUGGAGGGGCUGAAGAAGCACAUGGAGAACUGCAGACUGCAACCCUUUACCUGUCAGCACUGUGGAAAACAGCUGAAGUCUUCAACAGGGAUGAAGUAUCACAUCAUGGCUGACCACAGCCAUCUGCCCUCAGCAGAAGAUGCCAAGGACCUGGAUGAUCGUGCCAUUAAAGACAAGCUGCGCAAAAUCCUGAAGAGACUCGGCAAAUUAAAAUGCUCUAAAGAGGGCUGUAACGCUGCCUUCACCAGUAUCAUGGGCUACGUGUACCACAUGAAGAAGUGUGGGAAGGAGGAGUCUGAGCUGGAGAAGAUGCUGCUGAACUGCUCUCACUGCGGGAAAACCUACAAGUCCAAGGCGGGUCUGGAGUACCACCUGAAAUCAGAGCAUGCUCCUACGCCCCAGAAGAGUGAAGAAGAUGAGGCACUGAAGGCCCACAGGGAGGCCAACCCGGAGAGGACAGCCAGCGGCAGGGUGCAGCGAGCAUCAGCCCAGGUGGCAAACUUCCACCUGGCUGAGAUCGCCAACAACGAGCUGCCCAAAGACUGGCCCAAGAGGAAGUUCCAGUCAGACCUAGUGCCAGAUGACAAAAAGUUAAAAUACGCCCGACCAGGCCUCCCUGCCUUCAGCCAAGAGGUGCUGCGGAAGUGGAAGAAUGAGGUGAAGCUGCAGAGGAAAGUUCAAUGUCCCAACCAGGGUUGUGGCUCCACCUACACCAGUGUGUCUGGACUGAAAGCUCAUCUGGGACUCUGCACGAGGGGCGACUUUGAGGCUGGGAAAUACAGAUGUCUGAUCUGCAACAAAGAGUUUAACUCUGAGAGUGGAGUGAAAUACCACAUCAACUCUGUCCAUUCACAGGACUGGUUUGUGACAAACAAAAAAGCCUCCAAGAAGUUUGAGAAGUUCCUCAAAAGCCAGCCCAAGGAGUUUGCCCACAAUGCAGACAAGCAGAUCGUGGAUCACUACUACCAUCACCAUCACCUCCAGCAUCAUCAGCACCACCACCACCAUCAGCAACAGCAGCAUCAGAUCCAGCACCAACCCAUGCAGCAGCCUCUGCAGCCGCUGCACCACCUCCAGCAUCAAACCCAGCUCCUCCACCCAGAGCACCAGAACCUCCCCCCACAGGUGGACACCCAGCUCCAGCCGCAGAUGCUCCACUACACCCCUUUAGAGCCUCCCCCCGGACCGAUGUGGGUGGACAUGGACCGGGGAGGAGCCGUGCCGGAAACAGAGCAGGCUCCGGUGGAGAUGGAAAUGGCGGAUGUUGCCAAAUGUGCAGAGGACAACGACGGGAUAGCGGAGGGGAAAAGGAGAGAGAAGGGGGAGAGAGGAGGAGAGAGGGGGAAGGCAGAUGGGAAGCGGAAGGAUUGCUUUGCUUUCAGUGGCGGCGGCAGCGGUGGCGGCAGUGGAGGCAGCAGCAGCAGUAGCAGUAGCAGCAGUAAUACCGGCAGCUCGUCCAGCGAAUCGGAGGUGGAGCAGCAGGACAGGCAGAGACAGAUUGACCAGUGGAAUCUGAAACGGCCUGGCAGCAUGGAGCCCCACCCUGAGGCUGGGAAGGGACAGAGGAACACUUAAACACACAACUAAAAGUCACACUUAACACUCGUAACGCAUCAGAGCUGAUUUUAACAGAGGUAGAAAAAGAUACCACCGAGUAUCUAUCCCUACGUUACUAACUGUGACGUAGAAGAAAACAAACCUGCGUUUUUAACAAGACAAACAGGUGAGGAGGCAGCUGACGACAGAGCUACAAGAAUCCUUCAAAAGAACCUCACAGAGUCAGCGUGGAUAUGAGAUGAGACACAGUUGUGGUGUAGGUUUCUCUGUCUUGAGAUGGUUGUCACUGUAUAGCCAAUGUAGUAUACUGUUAACUGUGUGUUUAUCUGUAACAGAUUCUUUUCAACUUUAAAUGUGUCUUAUUCUUUUAAAAAAAAAGUUUGAUAAACCCUUCCUGUCUUUCAUGUUUACCUUAAAAGGAAAUAGUUACUUUAACCUUAAGAGAGGCUGCUACAGUAGAGUAUUUUAUUAGACUUGUCUAGUCGCUCUCUCUCUCUCUCUCUGAAAAGAUUUUGUGCCUCUUAAGUAUGAUCUGUAUAACUUCAUACUACUCAUCAUCACUUUUAUUUACAACUGAUUGGCUUUUUUUUUUUUUUUUUUUUGGACUAUACAAUGGUGGAAGUGUCACUUUAUGGUAAAAUUAGAGAGAGAAAGGAUUCCCCCUCUACCCCAAUUCCUCCUGUACCAUGUGUCUUGACAUUGAAUGCAACUUGAUUCAUGGCUGGCAUCACGUUGCCAUCCUUGAGGCAAGUCCGCUGGCAGCUUGAUGUAACCUUUUGUGCAGUGUGUGUGCAGGUUUAAUGUGGAAACAGACAACUUUUCAGAGUCACCAUCCUAGGGUUUCCAAGGGGUAUUAUUGUUGCCGUAGCUGCUGCAAAGACAACCGGAUUGCUUUCCUGGCAACUACCACAGUUUUCAGUUACUUUACAAUUUCCACUUCUGGGAAUAGUGACUGCAAAGACCUUACAUUGAUACUCUUUAGUAACUGGAGUUAGCUCCUGAUAGCUACCUUGCAAAACAAAAGCGAUUUCCUCGUCCUGUUUUCGUUCUGCAAUCCGACGCACUUCAUUUGUGCUGUAAAUCGAGUCUUUGCUUUCCCAGAUCAUACCCAGUGACAGAAUUGCAUAGUUCACGUUAGUGCUUCUUCAGAAGCUCCGAUAACAUCUCUAACGUUAUUUACCUUUCAUUAUUAUCAUGGUAUAGCUCUGUUCCUUGUGGGCAAGGAUGUGGAAGCGGGAGUAGCCUGAAUAGUGUUGUGUGGCUCAGUCCGCUUUGUUUGUUUCCCCACGUACAGAGCCAGGAUUGUUUUCAGUGCACACACACAGCAGACAGCUAGCAGAGUGUAAGAAGAUAUUCACUGACCAGAAUGUAUUGGAAUAAAAUCACAUACUGGACCUUUAAAGCAAAAACUUGUCUGUUUCCACUUUAAACUGGAACAUAUGAAGCAAAUCCAUGGCAAGGAGUUAAAGCCUCUUUAUUACAUGUUAAAGUAAUAGUUCAACAUUUUGGGGAACACAUGACUCUUGUUAAGCACAGAACAACAGCUAAACACCUCCACCUACAAUGUCUCCAGUUAAAGCACAGCAUACCUCACUGUGAUGACAAGACUCCAGGAAGUCACAGCAUCCAGCUACGAAUGAGAUACACUCUGUUUAUUGGAGAGUAUUUUUUUAAGUCUUCACACUAAGCUAAGCUAAGCUAAGCUAAGCUAAGCUCACUGCCUCCAGGUUAUGGCUCUAUAAGUAAAGCAGACAUAAAUCUGAUGAAGAAAGCCAAUCGGAUUAUUUCCCCAAAUGCUGGACUAUUCCUUUAAAAGCAGCGUCAGCCAGCUCACGUCAGCCUACCUCACGAUAUUGUGCUUGUAAUACUCUCAACACCCAGUUUCCAAAGAAACCGAAAACAACAAAAUAAGUUCAGAAAAAAAAUCUAAAUGCUUCAUGUGAUCACUUACGGUUUAAAAUUGACUCCAGUAGUGUGUGAAGCCAGUCUCUGUAGUUGUUCAGAUGUGUUCCUGUGAUCUCUUAAAAGAUGUCAAGAUGUGGGAAUCUUUGCAGUAAUCGAUUUUGGUUAACAAAACUCAAAGUCCACUUAAUAGCUUUUUCUAAAACGUUUAGUUGCAUCUUUUAAUUUUCCUCAGUGAAUGAAGCUCCGUUUUCAUCACACGAUCGAAGCAUGAUGACUAUAGAGCAGUCUACAUCUGCCGAAGAACACCACAAGAUGUGUUUGAAAGCUCUGGGAAGAGCUAGUAAGUGGACCUUUAAUUUUUAAUUUAUUUUAUUUUAUUUUAUUUUUAUUUAUUUUUUUUUAGGUCAAACUGCUUUCACUAUGUUAAGAUGAAACUUUUACACAUUUAAAAUUGCUUUUAAACAUUCCACGCAGGAGUUUUAUCAGCAGGGAAACAAAGUAAAGCACAUAAAUAUGAUUGGUUCUUCUAAUGACUGAUCACAUAACAACAGCCAAUCAAUGUGACUGCCAACAUGUUAAUGGGCUGCUGGUGACUCUAAAUUAAGGAAAGCUAACAUACCAAGCAUUUAAUAUGAAGGGUGGCUGUUUUUUCUUUUCUGUUCAUUCUUCACAGACAGACCUGUUUUCGUCCGUCUCACAGAAUAUUUAACCGAUAGCAUGUAGCCUAAUGUUUAUGUACUCGGCAUUUUGUAUCUGCUAUAGUGACGUAUGGUUAUGGAUGGUUGUCAGUCAUUUGUUUGUGAUGUUUUAACACUAUUUUUUUUCCACAACUUUAUAGCAUUUAUGAAUGUAUUUGGUUAUUGGUUUCCCCUCUGUUGUGCACUUCCGUUAGGUUUUCUUCUAAAAGCAAAGGAUAAUUAAUUUACCAUUUGCGUUCAUUUGAAACCAGAAACAAAGAGGAGUUUCCUUUAAUCUGUUAAUCUGUCUUAAACAAACUAUGUAAAAAUUAUUCUGUUAAAAAUAUUUACCGUACCUGAUUCUGUUGAAAGUGCUUUACUCUUCAUUGCCCUCCAUCAGAUGCCUUUCGAAAGAGUUUAAAAUAGAAAACCUCCUACAUGGGAAGUAUUUCAAUAAGCAUGACUUUAACAUUGAUGUCAAGCAGUGCAGUCAUCUCUUUAUGAACACUCGCUUACUGUGCUCAGUCAUUUCACUCAGUGCUUAGUGAUGAGAAUGUUCUUUAUUUGGAGUCCAAGCAUCAGUGGGGUUAGAACCCUAACUUACUUGUUCUGGCUUUAUGGCGUUAUUUUUUUCAAGAUAGAAGUGGUUAUGCAGGUGUUCAAUGGUGUAAAAGCCAAAUUUUCAUGGGAGCUUAGUUGACCAACAGACGCGUUAUAGUACCCAUUAAAGCCGUUUUCAGCCAUUCUUUUGGUUCCUGAUUGCCUCAGGUCAAUGGGCUUGUUCUGAAUUUUGUUGGUGCUUGGACUCCUGUAUAGUUGCUUGCAAAUCUAGUUUAUAUUUUAUUUUUACUUUAACCGUUUAUUUCACCAGGAUGGACGCUCUCACUGCCACUGCUACUGUUACACAGUGGUCAAAAAGUACUCCGAUCUUUUACUUAAGUAAAAGUAGCAAUACCAUGGUGUGGAAAUACUUUUUUACAAGUCAUACUUACAUUAGUUAUAUUUGCCGAAACUGUUAUUAUGUCCUGACAGUAGUACGUGAGACAGAUAAUCUGUUAAAGAAAUCAGAUACCUCCCAGUGCUCCUAAUGGCAUUUGCAAGAAUCAUGAAGUAAAACAACCAAUCAGAGCCAGGAAGAGUCUCAAACACAGUGUUAAUAACUGCUCAUGCGCAUGUUGUGCCCGAGAUAAAACGAGAGUAAACAUCAGUGUUGCUUUUCUGAGAUGGACAGAGCUACGAGACCUAAAAGGAUUUAACUGCCGGCUUUAGCGAUUUCUUUUUAGUUAGCCUUUUGUCAUUUGUCUUGUUCUUUUUACAUGUCUUUUUCUUGUACAUCAGUUUAGAAUCCUUUUAGGUCCUGAAGCUCUCCUCAUCUCAGAAAAGCCAGUCUGAUGUUUACUGUUUGUUUUUUUAUUUUUUUUUAAUCUCGAGCACAGCGUGUGCAAGAGCAGUGACUGACACUGUGUUAGAGUCCUCCUGCCUCCGAUUGGUUGUUUACAUUCAGGUGCGGUGGAUUCUUGCAAAUGUCAUUAGGAGCACUAGGAGGAGCCAGAGGAACCGGAAUUUUUCACAGAUUAAUUAUUUAAUGUACUACUGUCAGGAUAUACUGACAGUUUAAGCAAAUACAACAAAAAGUUACUUUUAUAGUUACUUGCUGUAGCUUUAAGUAAAAGUAUGAAAGUAUUAGCAUCAAAAUAUACUUAUACACGCCAAAAGGACUCAUGAUGCACACUGGCAAAAUAACAUAUGAUAACAUUUGGUUAUGAUUAGUAAUGCAUUAAGUACUUUUACGUUGUCAGGUGGUAAAAGUUGGGCACAUUUAAAGACCUGCUAGCUAAGCUAACUAAGCUAGCUAAGUCUUAUGUUAACCUACAAUAAUACAUCAUAUUAUUUGAUUAUAUUUUGUAUUAUUAAUCUGACAUUUAAAGUUACUUGUAACUAUAGUUAUCAAAUGAAAGUAGUGAAGUGUAUGCAUAAAGUAGCAGAAAAUGAAAUACACAAGUAAAUUUCAAGUACCUCAAAGUCUACUUGAGUACAGUACUGGAGAAAAUGUACUUAGGUAUUAUCCACCACUGCUGUCCCGUUACUUUUGUCUCUAUCUUUGGUGCUAACAAGUUAUUACAUCAUUCCCUCAUGCUAAAUAUCCAGUACUUCUUAAUAAUAAGUGUCAGUCAGUUGUUUCCAGUCUUAAUGGCUUGCGACCCCUUGGAAUUAAGCAAUAUCUACUUGCAACCCAUUGUCAGUGGUCAUGAGUUAUAACCAAGUCAAAUAGUUCCUGUUGAUUAUUGUCUCAAAACGUACUCAAUCGAAAGUGUAAAAGCUUUUGGAAGCUGGCUUGAAGUUUCCUUGCUGUUGAAAUACUUCCCAUGUCCACUUAACGCUUGUGACCAAAUCUUUAUCACCGUGCAUGCACUUUGAACUGUUUGAUGGCACAAGGGAAAGUAUCGCUCAGCAUUAAGAGACUUUACCAAUCGUCUGUUUUAUCAUUGAAAAAAAAGGUUCAAUAUUUGAGUGGCAUUUUGCUCAAAAUCAUAACAGUAAUUCAAUACGUGAAACGUCAUAUUUUUAUGUGUUCACAGUCAUUCGCACCUUGUGUCUUCCUGCUGUUAGUUUAUUUACAGUAGCAUCUCUUCAUCUUAAUGCUGGAGCACCGUUCUGUAAUCCAGAUUUAGUCAAAAACAGAAAGCCUGUGUUGUUAUCAUUUUUGUAUCUUAGUGCCAACAGAGGAGUCGUCACCAACUGUAGGCAAUAGAACCAAAACAGCAACAUUAUCUAACUGAAUUUUAUCAAUGCUGACCAGUUUUCACAGUAGAGAGGACGAAUGAGAGGCAUUAAAAACAUUUCCAAACACUGGGGUCUGACUUUUGAAAGUAGUGUUAUUAACCAUGCUGUAAAGGGGCUUUGUGAUUUGAUGAAGAAUGACAAUAAUGUUGCGAUGUCUUGUGCCCCGAUCGUUACCCUCCAUUGAGAAAAUAUACAGUAUAUACAACGUAGGCCAGAUUUGAAUAAAGGUUCAGUUAGUAGUCUUGUAUCAUUUGUAAAAACUCAAAGAAAGCACUUAAUUUUUUUCCAUUUUGUGAGACAUAAUUUAUAUUCAAGUGAACCUAGUUACUUUCUCAGCCAGUGUUACUUUACAAAUCUGUACAUUUAAUAUGUUAUUACUUGUUUUUUAGAAGUUACGUGCUGCUAUUUCAUAAUACCAGCAGUGUUAUAACCACAGAUGAUUAAAAGUUUAA